CUAUUAUUCUUAUCACACUUUUAUCAAACCGUUGCUAUUUUUCAGUUUCUAUAUUUUCUCACCUCUCUACAUGCACUCUCUUGCUUAGUUUUCAACAAACACCUUUCAAAAUGGGAGAGAUAACCAAUGUCAGUGAGUACGAGAAUGUCGCCAAGCAGAAGUUGCCGAAGAUGGUGUUCGAUUACUAUGCUUCUGGCGCCGAAGACGAGUGGACUCUCCAAGAAAACAGAAACGCCUUCUCAAGAAUUCUGUUUAGGCCGCGAAUUCUUAUCGAUGUGAGCAGGAUAGACAUGACUACUACUGUCCUCGGCUUCAAAAUUUCCAUGCCAAUCAUGAUUGCUCCAACUGCCAUGCAGAAAAUGGCUCAUCCUGAGGGAGAGUAUGCAACAGCAAGAGCUGCAUCAGCUGCUGGAACAAUCAUGACUUUGUCAUCAUGGGCAACUUCAAGUGUUGAAGAAGUGGCUUCAACCGGACCUGGAAUUCGCUUUUUCCAGCUAUAUGUUUAUAAGGACAGGAAUGUGGUUGCUCAGCUUGUGAGAAGAGCUGAAAGAGCUGGAUUCAAGGCUAUUGCCCUUACUGUUGAUACUCCAAGGCUCGGACGCAGAGAAGCUGAUAUCAAGAACAGAUUUGUUCUGCCACCAUUUUUGUCAUUGAAGAACUUUGAAGGCUUGGACCUUGGAAAGAUGGACCAAGCUAAUGAUUCUGGACUUGCUUCAUAUGUUGCUGGUCAAAUUGAUCGCACUCUAAGCUGGAAGGAUGUGAAGUGGCUUCAGACAAUCACUAGUCUGCCAAUUCUUGUGAAGGGUGUGCUGACUGCUGAGGAUGCAAGGAUAGCAGUACAAAGUGGUGCUGCUGGAAUAAUUGUGUCCAAUCAUGGAGCAAGACAGCUUGAUUAUGUCCCAGCCACCAUAAGUGCUUUAGAAGAGGUUGUGAAAGCUGCUCAAGGCCGCAUUCCUGUGUUUUUGGAUGGUGGUGUUCGCCGUGGAACUGAUGUUUUCAAGGCAUUGGCACUUGGUGCCUCUGGCAUAUUUAUUGGACGCCCUGUGGUGUUUUCGUUGGCUGCUGAAGGAGAAGUUGGAGUAAGAAAAGUUCUUCAGAUGUUACGCGAAGAGUUUGAGAUGACAAUGACUUUAAGUGGAUGCCGUUCACUGAAAGAAAUCACUCGUGAACACAUUGUUGCAGAUUGGGACACUCCUCGCACUCAUCCACGCGCAAUACCAAGAUUAUGAAAAGCUUUAUCUUCAUCAUUGAUUGAUCUUGAUACAAUGAUGAAAACUUGUUCUAAUUAUAUUAUGUUUUGCAUUUAAGGAGAACUCAUUUAAGGUUUUUAUAUAUUUGUAAAACUACAUGCUUUCUCUGUAUGGAUAAAUCAUAUAAUACUUGUGUGGCUACUCUGCUACAUUCACUCA